AUGGCCAACGAGUCGGAGCAGCUGCUGAUCGAAUGCCCGGUGGCACGCGGUCCACGCCUCUGUCUCGCUACUCUCUACACGUUCAUGGGCGUGGCGGGAGCCGUGCUCAAUCUAACGGUCGUCUACCUGGUCGUGACCUUCAAAAAGCUCCGCACGGCAAGCAACGCCUUCAUCGUGAACGGCUGCGUGGCCAACUUGUUGGUGUGUGCGUUCUGGAUGCCUCACGAGGCAGUGAUCCUGUAUACUGGGAGCUCGCUCAGCCCGCGGUAUCAGACGUUCAAAGAGGCGCUGCUGUUCCUGGGCAUCACCGUGUCUCUGCUCUCGCACUCGCUCAUUGCCGUCAACAGGUACGUGCUCAUCACCAAAGUGCCGGCCACAUACCAGUCGCUCUACCAGAGACGGAAUACGGAGUGGAUGAUAAGCGGUUCGUGGCUCAUGUCCGUGGGCUGUCUCGUGCCCUGGCUCACAACAUCGGCUUCUCCUACGGAAGGAUGCGCGAGCACUCAUUCUGCCUCAGCAUCCUCCACCGCCGCCGGGACAUCUGUCCUGGCCAACUCUUUCGCGUGUGCCACGCUGGCCUGCACAGUAACGGCGCAAACGGUGAUCGUGCUCUACUGCUAUUUCAAAAUAUUCAGAAGGGUUCAAAUCAGCGUGAAACGGGUCAGCAUCUUAAAUUUCCAAAUCGUGAACAAUCUCCCAUACUCUUUCCCGCGUAAGGACAAGCGCCUGGGGAUGUACGUGCUUGCAGUGUGCUUCGUAUUCGUCGUCACCACUGAACCCAUGCUAUGGGCACUCGUGGCGCGGCUCUUCCGCGCGCAAGUGCCCGCCGCGCUCUGGACCUCGCUCUGGCUCGUGUUUUGCACGCUCUUCGUCACCAACCCGUUUCUGUACACUUGGAAGAACGAGGAGUUCCGGAAGUCUCUGCGCUCGGUGAUAAGGGGGGACUUUUGGAGGGGCUCGGUGGUGGGAGUCGAGCCGAUCAAUAUCAGCACCAUCUCUCAUAUUCUACCUCGGCAAAACAGCCGACGGGCCUUCCUGGGGGAUAUGAACUGAACAACAACAAUGAAUACAACAGACAAUGUUUUGGGUCUGUUUGGCACUUUUGAUGGCAGUAUUGACUCUUGGUGACAAAUGCUCACAGGCUUACUUUGUGCACUGAAAACUGACUUUCUAACAGUAUUUUGUAUGAGCUGAUUUUAUGGUGGUCUUUGUAUGCUAUAAAUAUGAAGCUUUGAGUAGGCUACAUGGCACAGUGUAAUUUUAUGUGGCAGUUUGCUAGUUGCGUUUAUUAUGUAUUUUAUAAAGACAUGUUUUCAAAUAAAUAAAUACAUU